UUUUUUUUAAUCCCUUUCUCUCUCUCUUUCUCUCUCUUUUCUUCCCUUUACUAGUAUCCCUUCCCCCUCCCCUCCCCCCUUUUUUUUUAAGAUUUGAUUAUUUUCAUUAUUCUUACAAGAUGACUACAGAUGAACUUCAAAUAUUAAUUCAAUCUUUACAUGAACAGAUUAAACAAGAACAAGAAAUUGAAAAUGAGGUAAAAAUGUAAAUAAAUACUAUUGUUAUAAGCACAUGUACAUAUGUAUACAUUAUCCUCCCUCCCUCUUUUCUUUUUUUUUUUUCUUUUUUUGUUAUAAUAAUAGCUUCGACAUGACAUUGAUAUUCAAACAAUGAAACAAAAAGAACUUCAAAAUGAUAACGACUAUUUAAAACAAGUAUUAGAAAAUGGCUGCUAUUCAAUUGGAUAAUUCAAAUUACAGUAAUACCCAAGCUCGUCUGGAAACACAGCUUUAUUCGCAGGAACAAGAUAUUAUCCAAUUAAAAAAAAAAGUCCAACAGCUUACAAAAUUAAAGAAGGAUGCAGAAAAGAAGUUGAUGAUGGAGACUCAAGAAUAUGAAAAUGAGAAAUCAACAUGGCAACAAAGAGAAGCUGAUCUUUACAACCAAAUUCGUUCUCUCAAUAUUAGUAAUGAGCCUCGUACACCACGUACACCGAAUAAUAAGAGACGUAGUAUAAACUCACUUAAUAUGGGACCCUUUUCAACCAAUUUGGUAGAGGAAUCGAAUGGUUUAGAUACUAAUCGUACACUCGUAGACACUAAUGAGAUGACUACAAUAGAUGAAGAAGGGACUGUACUCACAUCCCCUAAACUGGCUCACAUCGACUCUUCUUAUGCUCGUGAGGCAAAGAUUGCACAAAGAACAAUAAAGGCACAAGACAAGUUGAUUCUAGAUUUAAAAAAUCAAUUAGAGAAAGAAAAGGCUUUUUUACAAGAACAACAAUCGGAAGCAGAACUUCAAUCACUCAAAAUAACUCAUCUAGAAAAAGAAUUAGCCAAUAUGAAACAGUUAAAUCGUUCAUUGAUGGAGGAUAAUGAAAGUUAUCAAAUUUUAUUACAUGAAAAGACAAUGAAUGGUGAAUUUAUGAUGAAUCCCAUUAUGCAGGUGCAAGAUUAUCCCAUCAUGAAACAAUCUAUUAGCUCAUCUAGUAACGGUUUGAAUUUAGCAGCUGAAUUAGCUUCAUCAAUACCUGAAUGGAAUAGUCAAAAGGAAACGGAAUCAGAUAAAACUAUUUCAAAACUUAAUGAAGAGAUUAAAGUAUUGCAAGAUACGAACCGUGCGCUUCAAUUAUACAUGAACAAGAUUUUGAUGAAGAUUAUCGAUAAUAAGCAAUUAGAAGAUGUCCUUAGUAUCGAUCAACCUUCUUCUAAACCAUCAACACAUAUGAAUAACAACUCCUCUUGUUCAACAAAAUCGAUUUCUUUGAAAGCAACGACCACAGCUGAUCAUAGUAAAACAACCAAUAACAACAGUAAUAGACCCAGACGACGUACUAUUUCUUAUUGGGGCUCUAAACCAUCUUCUAAUAAUACUACUGCUACUGCUGCCUCUUCUAAUUCAUCCAAUAAAGCAGCAGCAGCAGCAGCAGCAACAACAACAACAAAAGAAGAUAAUAAGCGUCGACACUCUUCUAUUCCACCACCUCAGCCUGAAAGAUCAUUUUCAACCACGACCACGUCAAGUAGUAAUGGGGGUGGUUGGGCAAAAGCAUUACGUAGAAUGAGUGGUAUUGGCUGGUCUUCUUCUAGUACAACUUUAAAAGAAGAAUCGCCAGUGAUGAAUAGUGAAGUCGUUCAUUCAUCAAGUGAAGAAGAAACAAUUAGAAAAUCAGCUGGUUCUUGUAAUUCUUCUAUUAGAAAAAGCAAUGAAUUAUUAUUAACUACACUUGAUGAAGAGUAGAAUUCAAAAUUAUCAUAAAUGACAUUUUAUUAUUAAUAAAGAAAUUGAUAUAUGUGUGUAUAAAAAAAA